UCAAAGUAGGCGACGCACGUCCGAAACUGGCGCCAACGAAAAUGAUAUCGCGCUUCUAAAUUUGAAUUUUAAUCCGCAACCCUGAAUUUAAUUUAUUACGAACGAUUUUAUAUUACAUUAUUAUUAUAAUAUUAUUUUUAGUUACAUACUAAUAAAUCGUGAAAAAUGUCGUUUUCCCAUAACGUUCAUAGUGUUUUCCUAAUUUCGCUUGUUUUACUCGCAAGUGCACAGAAAUCGUCAAAUAAUCUCCGCGACGUCGAUUUCCAAGAAUUGGCGAGGCAGAACAAAAUCACACAGCAGAUCCUAGAGGCAUUCAUACAGAAGAAGCUUGGCCUCUCGAGCAAUAACUAUAGAGCACCUUCGAUAUUCGACAUCCUUCCGGGAAAGAAGCCGGAAGAACGAGCAAUACGACAAUCAACGAACGAUCGCGUGAGGCAUCCCGAUAACGAAACAUGGGUAGAGAGUGAUGAUUUGAAUGAACAUAAUGAAGAACAACCUGUGAUUGAAGAAGGACCUGAAUAUGUCGAUAUUGAUGCGUUGCAAAGCGUGGAGAGCGAGCAAAUAGACUCAAUAUAUACUGAAGGUAGGAGUAAAAAGUAUUCCAGCCAUUCGCUUGAUGCCGAUUUGGAGCCAAGCUAUCAUUGCUCGAGUUGUAGCGAGGAGGAUCUUGGCGUGACACGAUGGACGAUGCCCCUAUUGAAGAGUGGAGAGAAAAGAUAUUAUCUGGGAAUAUUCUUCAAGGCAAACUGGUUCAAAGCGCAACAAUACUGCAGAUUCCACGGCAUGCAUCUCGCAUCAAUUUCCUCGCAGGAAGAGAACGACAGGCUGGAGAAAUACGUUAGGGAAUCAGGUUACGGCCGAGAGCACUUUUGGACAUCUGGCACUGAUCUGGCCGAAGAGGGCAACUUCUUCUGGAUGGCCAACGGAAGACCUCUCACGUUCGUCAACUGGAACGCAGGUGAACCAAACAACUUCCGCUACGAGAACGGCGAAGAAGAGAACUGCCUUGAACUCUGGAACAGAGACGACAAAGGUCUUAAGUGGAAUGACUCUCCAUGCUCGUUUGAGACCUUUUUCAUUUGUGAAGUUCGAUCUGAUUGAUUUAAAGGUGCUCAACACGAUAUAAUUUAGUUUAAUUUAUUAUUGUUUUAUACAAUGAUAUUAAUUGAAAGUUUCUGUAUUUAAUUUUUAUUUUUCCUUCAUAGGAUCUGUUCAUUAUUCUUUUUGCUAAUACCUACUCAUAUAUAAUGGUCAUAUUUGAGAGCUUUCAUUUACUGGACGAAUUUCAGGAAAUAAUUUUUCCAGCUCAUACCUAACACAAAGAAAACUUUCUAUUUGGUUACGACAAAAUUUUAAAAUGUACAUGAAAAUACGGAUAAAAAUGGUUGAACUGUUGAAAAAGAAUGUAAAAUGUAAAACCGAACGACAGCUUUGAUCCCAACUUCAAUUUACGCCCAUACAAAAUUAUUAAUCAAUACUACAUAGUCUUCCAUGCUUUAUUCUGUUUUAAAUAUAUUCGAAAUACCUUCUGCUCCAAUUUAUUAUAUAUAUUUAUAUCGUGUCUCGCUAUUAUAAUUCAUUUUGUUGUGAUAUAAGAGUAGUGUGCUAGAUUUUAUAUUUGAAAAGAGUUAACGGUCAGUACGCUUCAACAAUUUGUUUAGAAACAAAUUCUUCUGGUUUAGCCAGUUAUUUAUUUGAAAAAGCACUGCUAAUACUUGCUUGUUAAAAUUCAGUAUAAUAUUUUGGAGAAUUAUUUCUUAAAUCUCAUCUCCAUAUCUGUCUUACCCGUAAACUAUGAUAGUUCUAGUAGAAAAUUUAUUGGAUUUAUAGAUAAGAAAAGAUAACAGUAAAUCACACACAUAGACAAAAUCUAAAAACAUAUAAUUCUCUUUAGUAUUCAGACAGAAUAUUAUUUUAGAAUAUUCUCAAAAGUAUUCGGGGAAUGUACGCUAUUUUAUUAUGGCAAUAGUUUUAACUUUAUGCCAGUUUCCAGUAAUUAUGUACACUUUCUUUUGUUUUUAUAUUUAAAGUUAAACAAUUUUCUGCACAAAACAUAAGUGUUAUUGUUAAUACAAAAAGUAUUCAUUACAUUACAAAGCUUUCUUAUUAUCUAUUGUCGAGUUAGUUUCAGCUAUUUUCAGUACAUAUAAAAAUUGUAUUAGCAGUACUAUAUGUGUAUCUAUUAUUAAAAUGUGGAAUUCAAAAAAAUAGUUAAGUUGUAACGAUCACUGCCAUGAUCCAGUUACCAGAGCAUCGGAGCUCGACGGACGGACGUCCAUAGUCAAACUAGUGUUAGUACAUGUUACCUUAUGUAAAAAUAGGUAUAAGUUUAAUAAAAAUCGAAUUUUUA